UGGUGUACUGGCGGACAAUGAAUGUUAAGUGAAGGACAAAUUAAAUUCUAAGUGAAAUUACAUAAUUAAUUAUUUAAAUGUUUAUGUUAUUAUGAGAGAAAUAUUAACUUUUUGAACCUAAUUGUUGGGUGGUAUAAUGAAAUGAAAUUUUACAGUGAGACCCUGGCAAAAGUAUUAAACUUUUGGCCCGGUAAAAGCUUAGGCAUAUAUAGAUUUUUACCAAUAUUUUUCGUGUUCGGCGCUGGUUUAGAAUUUACCAUGAUUAAGUGGGAUGUUGGUGGAAGAGUAAACUUUUAUCGCACUUACAAGAAAAGGAGAGUUCAGGAAUUAGCAGAUGAAGCAAUGAAGAAUUUGGAAUAACUUUUAGGUUAGCCCAGGCCUAAUUGAUUUGUUAGAGAUAUUGCUAAAGUAUUUUUUUCUUGUUACUUAUCAAAGGCUAUUUAACAUGCCAGCGGGCUUAUCCUGGUCAUCAUAUAUGAGGUUUUGCU